AUGAAAGUCCUGUGGAUCUUUGCCUUCCUUGGAGCAGCAUUUGCUGCCCCAUUUGAGGAUGAUGAUGACAAGAUUGUUGGAGGAUACACCUGCCAGAGAAAUGCUAUUCCUUAUCAGGCUUCACUGAAUUCUGGCUAUCAUUUCUGUGGUGGUUCCCUCAUCAAUGAACAAUGGGUUGUUUCAGCUGCCCAUUGUUAUAAAUCCCGCAUGGAUGUGAGACUUGGAGAGCACAAUAUUGAGGAAAAUGAAGAGAGCGAGCAGAUUAAAAAACCUGCAAAAAUAAUUGUUCAUCCAGACUAUGACUCUUGGCUUCUGGAUAAUGAUAUCAUGCUCAUCAAGCUGGAAUCACCUGUCACUAUUGAUGCAAGUGUCUCACCUAUCCCUUUGAGUAUUGGAUGCCCAGCAGUUGGUACUAACUGCUUGAUCUCAGGAUGGGGCAAUACUCUCAGCAAUGGUGUAAACUACCCUGAUCUUCUGCAGUGCCUGAAUGCCCCAAUCCUAAGUGAUGAGGAAUGCAAUGCUGCUUACCCAGGACAGGUCACCCCAAAUAUGGUCUGUGUUGGAUACCUAGAGGGUGGCAAAGAUUCUUGCCAGGGAGAUUCUGGUGGCCCUGUGGUUUGUAAUGGAAGGCUCGAGGGCAUUGUCUCCUGGGGUAUAGGGUGUGCUCUGCCUGGCUAUCCAGGAGUCUACACCAAAGUUUGCAAAUACAUCGACUGGGUCCAUAAUACCGUUGCUGCUAACUGA